CAAAUUUGUUUGCAGCGGCACGCCACCACAAAAUCAAAACAAAAACAUCUCGCAAACUGUUAUCAGCGUUCGAUUCCCGUGAAAUCAUCCGAUAAUCCGCUGGCAAUGCUGCAACCCAAAGUGCUGACGUCGGUUCUCGGCCAGGCCAACACCGGUGGAGUGGAAAACACCAUUCUGCUUACUCACGAGGGUGCCCUGCUGGCCUUUUCCGGGUACGGCGACCGGGACGCGACGAUUACGGCGGCCAUCGCCAGCAACAUUUGGUCCGCGUACGAGAAGAACGGCCGGCAAGCGUUCCGCGAGGACCGGCUGCAGUUUGUGUUUCUGCAGUGCGAGGGCGGAAAUGUUAUAAUUACGCAGGUCGCGAAUCUGCUGCUGUGUUUGUACGCACGGGAAAACGUCGGGCUGGGGAUUCUGAAGGAGAAGGCGAAAGCGCUGGCCACGUACCUGGAGGGACCGCUGAAGGAGAUUGCCACGUCGUAAUACGUUUGGGGUGUGAGGGGAUGUAUUUUUGGGGGUGAUUUGAAAUACACAGAUGUUAAUUUACUUUACUCAAGA